AUGAAAUUCACAGAAAUCAGGGCAGAGGACAAUGCUUCCACAGUGACACACUUUCUCCUCCUGGGAUUUUCAGACCUUCCCAACUUACAAGGGAUUCUGUUUGGGAUGUUCUCCAUAAUUUACUUAAUCAUCUUGAUUGGAAAUAGUUUCAUAAUUGUGAUAAUUAGAACUGAUCCUUCAUUACAAAAGCCCAUGUAUUUUUUCCUGGCAAAUUUUUCUUCUCUGGAAAUCUGUUAUGUAUCAGUCACUCUACCUAGGAUUUUGUUCAACAUUGCUGCUCAAGAAAGAAUCAUCUCUGUCCUCAGCUGUGCCACACAAAUGUGUUUCUUCCUUCUGCUGGGAGCUACUGAGUGCUUCCUGCUGGCUGUGAUGUCCUAUGACCGCUAUGUGGCCAUCUGUAACCCUCUGCACUAUCCUCUGGUCAUGAACCCAACAAAGUGCACUCAGCUGGCAGUGGGCUCUUGGCUUGGAGGCAUCCCAGUCCAGAUUGGACAAACCUGUCAGAUAUUCUCUCUACAUUUUUGCAAUUCUAACGAAAUCAACCACUUCUUCUGUGACAUACCUCCCAUUAUCAAGCUGGCCUGUGGAGACACAUCUAUUAAUGAGCUGUCUGUCUACUUAGUGGCUAUCUUGUUUGCUGCAGUCCCUUUUAUGUUGAUACUUGCUUCUUACAGCAAAAUCAUUGCCACUAUUCUGAAGUUGCCAACAGCCAUAGGACGAGCAAAGGCCUUCUCAACAUGUUCUUCCCAUUUGCUUGUGGUGUUUUUGUUUUUUGGAUCAGCCACUGUUACCUACUUGAGGCCAAAGUCCACCCAUUCUUCAGGAACUGACAGAAUGUUCUCUCUGUUUUACACCAUUGUGACUCCCAUGUUAAAUCCACUGAUAUACAGCCUUAGAAACAAGGAGGUGAUCGCUGCACUGAGAAAACUGUUACUUAUAAAUUAG